GUUUCUUAUGUACUGAUACUAUUUUCUUUCCAAAAACAUCCAAAAAUCAUAACUCCCCCAAAACAAACCCACCUUUUUUCCCAUUUUAUUUUGCAAGAAAAUCUUUUUGUCUCAUCAGCAAUCACAUUUCUUGCUUACUGCUUAGCCAAUUCCUAGAGAGAGAGAGGGGGGAGCGGAUGUGCAAGAAUCUAGAGAGAGAAAGCAGCAGUGAAAUUGACUGGAAGCUUUGAGCGUGAGGUCUCGUAUUGAGUGGAUAAUAUUAGCACAAUCUCAAGAUUCCCAUGGGUGGAUUUGAUGAUCAUGUCGCUAUUAUGGGUGAUUGGAUGCCCCCGAGCCCUAAUACGGGUGCUUUUCUCUUAUCAAUGAUGAAUGAUGAUGUUGGAGCACGGCUGCCUGUGGAAUCUGCUGGUGGAAAUAGAAGUGAGCCUGAACAACAAGUUACCUCCAGAAAUGGCAAUCGAAAUGUUCAGAGUGAAGCUAGUUUCGGAGAUGAUGAAACCAACAAGGGCAAUGCAGUGAGUGAACCAAAGUUGAGUUCCCGAGGGGGUCUUAAGGAGAGGAUUGCAGCUAGAGCUGGUUUCAAUGCUCCAAGGCUGAAUACAGAGAGCAUCAGACCUUCCGACCUUUCUAAGAAGCCAGAAGUUCGGUCUCCUUAUUUGACGAUUCCUCCUGGUCUUAGUCCAACCACUCUGCUCGAUUCUCCAGUUUUCCUCUCUAAUUCACUGGUUCUGCCAUCUCCUACAACCGGAAAAUUUUCUUUUGCCCCGAGUGGAGACUAUCGCGAAUCAGGACUGAUGAUAGGUGAUUCUGAUAAGGGGAAGGAGAAUAAUUUUGAGGACACCAAUGCCUCAUCGUUUGCGUUCAAACCCAUGACUGAAUCCGCUUCGUUCCCAUACUUAAAUGCAACAAAUAAAACUUUUCCUAAUGCUGGAUUUACUGUUCAUUCGAACACGUCUCAACCGCGUCAAAAUAUAGAACCGACCAAAUCGUACUUGGCAAACAACAGCACUUUGUUUCAGGAGGCAAGUUUCGGUGGAUCAGAUUUGGGUAACAAUGGUAGCAGCACUCUGCUGCAGACACACAGCUCUGCUGGUGCUGUGGAGCAUUCUCCGCCUUUUGAUGAACAAAACGACGAUGGAGAUCAAAGAAGCAGCGGAGAUCCCAAUGGUGGUGGCAGCACGGCUGAUGAUGGCUACAACUGGCGAAAAUAUGGGCAGAAGCAUGUGAAAGGAAGUGAGUAUCCUCGGAGUUAUUACAAAUGCACGCACCAAAGUUGUCCCGUGAAGAAAAAGGUCGAACGGUCCCAAGAAGGUCACAUCACUGAGAUAACCUACAAGGGCGCUCAUAACCACCCGAAGCCUCCUCCCAACCGCAGAUCAGCUCUUGGAUCCUCAAAUGGGCUCGGUGAUAUUCAGCUCGACUCUGACCAACCUGGAACCGGUGAUCAAAUCUGGUCGGGAGUACAAAAUGGAAACGCUGCAGGAGGCUGGAAACCGGACAAUCUUGACGGAUCACCUUCAGCAUUGCCGGGCCAAGAAUACAACAAUGGAGCUAGAAAUGGAACCACCUAUGAGACAGUGGAUGGUGUUGAUGGAUCUUCUACUUUCUCAAACGAAGAAGAAGAGGAUGAUCGUGCAACGCAUGGCAGCGUGUCAUUAGGUUAUGAUGGUGAAGGAGACGAGUCAGAAUCAAAGAGAAGGAGAAUCGAAACUUAUGCCCCAGAGAUGAGUGGGGCUUCUAGACCGAUAAGGGAGCCGAGGGUAGUAGUCCAGACGACCAGUGAAGUGGACAUCCUCGAUGAUGGAUACCGCUGGCGCAAAUAUGGACAGAAAGUCGUGAAAGGAAAUCCGAACCCAAGGAGCUACUACAAGUGCACGAGUGCAGGCUGCAACGUGAGGAAACACGUGGAGCGGGCUUCCCACGACCUGAAGUCUGUGAUAACAACGUACGAGGGCAAGCACAACCACGAUGUCCCAGCAGCGCGCAACAGUGGAGGUGGUCAGAACACGCGCCCAACUCAACAAGCUCACACUGCUCCAGGUAAUAAUAACCUGCACAGGCCCGAGCCCUCCCACCUUCGUGGCAGCUCAACCUGGUUUGAGAGGCCACCACUAGGCUCGUUUGGGCCGGGGCCAGGCUUCGGAUACAGAAUGGAUCAGGCCGGGCUCGGCCUCAUGGGGGCUAACCAAGGGAAGCUGCCGCUGCAUCAUCAGUAUUUAGGGCAGCAAAACCGGGGCGUGAACGAGAUGGGAUACAUGAUGCCGAAGCCGGAGCCCGGGACGGAUGCAGGGGGUUUGAACACAUCCAAUAAUGCAUCAUCAGUUUACCAGCAGCUUAUGAGCAGACUGCCGCUCGGACCACCACCGAUAUAAGUAAAUGUUCAAAGAAGAGAUGUGGAAACAUUCAAACAUCUAUAUAUAUAAUAUAUAUAACUCUCUUUUAUAUGUGAUUUUGAACUGGGAUUACUCAUUAUAAACCAUUCUUUAUUUCUUUCUGGUGUUAUAAUCAAUGGGAAUUAUAGAGCAUUUGUUUUUGGGAUU